CCCAAUAAGACACAAGUAUUUUUUUUCUUCAUUUGUUAUAUGAGAAUAACGUAUCAUUUCUAUGUCUUGUGUAUCUGACAAAUAUUUCUUCUAGGUUUGUCCCAGUUUAAAAUGAUCAGAGCUCAGUUUCAAACAAAGAAAAAGUUUUCAUCUGCGCCUGGUACACUAUUUGGAUUUGCUCCUUUGGACAUUGUGAAAGACAUUGUACUUGAUUUAGUACAAAAGAAUGAUCCAGUUCUGGACAAUUUGUCAGGAUACACAGGGAGUUUUAGGGAUCGAAAGGUUAUAGAAUUGGUUUUCCUCCUGUCUGAAUUCUGGUGCCAGGACAGUGCCACCAAGUAUCAAGCUGUGGAAAUAUUAGAUAGGUUCAUGAUUUUGUACAUAGAAAAACUUCAUACGUCAUGUAUGGAAGCCAAGAGGAUCCCAGAAACAUUGCAAGCUAAGUCAUGGAGUUUAAUGAAAGGCAGUCUGUGUGAUAAUUUCCUUCUACAUCUUGUAUCCUGCAUACAGAUUGCAAGCAAACUAUGCUUUCACUGUCAUAUAAUCAAUAACAGCAUGGUGCUGCAGUUUCUACAAUUAGCAGGUUAUACUUACAAAAAGGAUGAGGUAGUGAAAUCGGAACUAACUGUAUUAAAGACUUUGCAUUUUCAAUUAAAUGUCCUCUCACCUUUGAGCUAUGUAGAAAUACUCCUAGAGGUUUUAGGACACAGUGGCUGCUCUCUUUCUUUGGAGCACUUACGUGACAUGUGUUUGAUGGUUCUGGAUUUGGUUUAUCUGGUGAGGAAUCCUAUAUAUGAGAUGUUACUGGAAACAUCUAUGGGUAUGCCAAUGCCAUCCAGGUUGCAGAGGUCAAAGUUUGUUUCUGUGAAGGAGGACCAGAUGCUUCUGGCUACUGGAGUGAUUACAACAAGUGCCUGCAUACUUAACCAGGACUCUGUUAAUAAGGUUCUGGACAUUUUAAAUUACAUCACAGGAAUUACAAUAAACAACAUGACUGAAAUAUCUUCAUCAAUACUGAAGCACUGUUUUGGGACUGCUGUUCUUUGCAACCAGUAA